GAGAGCUUGUGGAGUCUCCUCUGGAGGGAUUCCAAAGCCAUCUGGACGAGCUGCUGUGGGUGCCCCAGCUGUAGCAGGAGGAUUGGACUGGAUGACCUCUGGAAGGAGGUGGCUGUUGGUGGGCACAGGGUCAGGGAGUCUCAGGCUGGUGGGCACAUUUCUCCAAAAGCAGUCAACUGGACAUCUGAUGGUUUCCCAUGGGCUGUGUCUGCAGGAAGCAGGGGAAAUUUAUACUGCUGCGAGACACCAGAACAGAUGGCAGCUUCCUGGUGCACCAUUUCCUCUCUUUUUACCUCAGAGCUGGCUGUAAGGUUUGCUUUGUGGCCCUGCUCCAGUCCUUCAGUCACUACAGCAUUGUGGCCCAGAAGCUGGGAGAAGAAAUCAACUGUCACCUGGCUUCAACGUUUCAGGGAGCUGCAGAGAGCCAGAAGGUCUCCCCUCAGCCUUCUUUGCUCCAGGCUCAACAAUCCCAGGGAGUCAGUCUGACAGCUGCCAAGGAACAGGGACAGCUUGUCUUCCUGGAAGGUCUCAAGUCCUGCCUUGACCUCUGGUUUGGAGAGGAGAAGGAGCGGUCAGGAGACCCCAGCCCUUUGCAGUUCCUAAGCGGGAGCAGCUCAGACCUCAAAGCCUUGUUUGACUUCGUGCGGACAUCGCUGACUCCUGCUGGCAGUGACACCUGGCAGGGCCCUGUGCUGCUGGUGGAUGACCUCAGCGUCCUGCUCAGCCUGGGUGCCACACCGGUGGCAGUGCUGGACUUCAUCCACUACUGCAGAGUCACAGUGUGCUCCCAGCUGAAGGGAAACAUUGUGGUACUGGUUCACAGCGAGCAGGAUUCUGAAGAUGAGGAAAACAAGCUGGUGGGGAACUCCCUGAGUCAUCACAGUGACCUCAUCCUGUGGGCAGAGGGGCUGGCCACCGGCUUCUGCAAGGAUGUUCACGGGCAGAUUAAAAUCAUCAAGAGAGUGUCCUUGGAGCUGAGAGGAGAGCAGGACUGUGUCCAGAUCUACCAGUAUAAGAUCCAGGACAAGAACGUCACCUUCUUUGCCCCGGGGCUGUCAGCUGCGGUCCUGUGAUGUUAUCAUCUGCUGUGAGACGUCAUGGAGUGAGGCUGGUGGUACCUCUGGAAUGGAUGUGAGGGCUGCAGAGGUGAUGAAGGGACUGGAACCUCUCUGUGAUGAGGAAAGGCUGAGAGAGUUUGGGCUGCUUAGUGUGGAGAAAAGCAGCCAGAGGAGGGAUCUCGUCAAUGCUGACCAAUACUUCAGGGGUGGGUGUCAGGAGCAUGGCACCAGGCUCUGUUCAGUGGUGCCCAGGGACAGGCCCAAACUUGGACAUGAGAAGUUCCAUCUCAACACGAGGAGGAACUUCUUUAAUUUAAGGGUGAUGGAGCCCUGGAGCAGGCUGUCCAGAGGUGGUGGAGUCUCUCUGGACACUUCCAAAACCUGCCUGGACAUGUUCCUGUGUGACUUUCUCCAGGUGACCCUGCCUUGGCAGAGGGAUUGAACUCGAUGAUCUCCAGGGGUCCCUUCCAGCCCCUACCGUUGUGUGAUUCUGUGCAGUGCCACCCAGCCAGCCUGGCUGCUUCCCUGGCACCUUCCAGGAGCAGGCUGGUCCAUGAGAGGAAGAUCAAGCACAUGUUGAUCUGCACGCCAAGGAGGGAAUUAACCUGACCAGGGCUUGCUGCAGCCUUUUGUCCUCCCACUCUGUUCCCAGGCCAAGAAGAGGAGUGUGAAGGCGCCAAGGAUGGCCCUUGGAGCUUGUAAAUACAGGCAGGGGGUGCCUCUGGGCCGGGUGUGCCUCACCUUUUCCAGUGUGGUAUGCCAGGCGCUGGUGGAAGGAUCGCCCCACCCUCCCCCUGGCAUUUAACUGGCGCUGCAGGAGGUGAGGCACCACGGGUAGAGGCAGGAAUGGGAUAGUCUGGCAGGGUGUUGCCAUUCUUUCUUCCAGCCCUGGCACUGGAGAGGUUUCUUCAGUUCCCAGCUUCAGGCCAUUAAAGCAUCCAUAGGUGCAUGUCCAA